GUCUGACUCAGCUCAGCAACCUGCUUCCGGGGCCCCCGAAGGGGGAGCUCCUGGUGGGCCCCCUGCUGGGGCACCCCCUAAUCAGAGCAGUAACCGUCGGAUGCAGCAGACGCAGGUCCAGAUGAAGGAGGUGGUUGGUAUAAUGUGUGUAAAUGUAGACAAGAUGCUGGAACGAGAUGAGAGACUGUCAGAGCUAGAUGACCGGGCAGAUGCACUUCAGGCUGGUGCCUUGGAAUUUGAAAGUAGUGCAUCAAAACUCAAAAGGAAGUACUGGUGCAAGAACUGCAAGAUGAUGAUCAUGAUGGGAGUGAUUGGUGCCAUUGUGGUGGUGGUGAUUGCAAGUAAGUACUGA